CUGGCCGCGGGGGCGGCGCGCUCGGUCCACGCGUCCGGGGCCCCGCGGGGCCGGGCCGGGAGUCGGUAUGAAUCGCUGCUGGGCGCUCUUCCUGUCUCUCUGCUGUUACCUGCGUCUGGUCAGCGCCGAGGGAGACCCCAUUCCCGAGGAGCUCUACGAGAUGCUGAGUGACCACUCGAUCCGCUCCUUUGAUGACCUCCAGCGUCUGCUGCACGGAGACUCUGGAGAUGAAGACGGGGCUGAGUUGGACCUGAAUUUGACCCGGUCCCAUCCCGGAGGCGAGCCCGAGAGCUUAUCCCGUGGGAGGAGAAGCCUGGGUAGGACUGAGAACCCCCUGGCCGUCGCCGAGCCAGCCAUGAUCGCCGAGUGCAAGACACGCACUGAGGUGUUUGAGAUCUCCCGACGCCUCAUAGACCGCACCAAUGCCAACUUCCUGGUGUGGCCGCCCUGCGUGGAGGUGCAGCGCUGCUCUGGCUGCUGCAACAACCGCAAUGUGCAGUGCCGCCCCGCCCAGGUGCAGCUGCGGCAUGUCCAGGUGAGAAAGAUCGAGAUUGUGCGGAAGAAGCCGACCUUUAAGAAGGCCACGGUGACCCUGGAGGACCACCUAUCAUGCAAGUGUGAGACAGUGGUGGCAGCCAGGCCUGUGACCCGGAGCCCAGGGAGUUCCCAGGAGCAGCGAGCCAGGACACCCCAAACUCGGGUGACCAUCCGGACGGUUCGAGUCCGCCGACCCCCCAAGGGGAAGCACCGGAAAUUCAAGCACACGCAUGACAAGGAGACACUGAAGGAGACCCUUGGAGCCUAGGGCCAUCUGCAGGAGAGCGUGGGCAGGGUUAUUUAAUAUGGUAUUUGCUGUAUCGCCCCCAUGGGGUCCUUGGAGUGAUAAUAUUGUUCCCCUCGUCCGUCUGUCUCGAUGCCUGAUUCGGACGGCCAAUGGUGCUUCCCCCACCCCUCUAUGCCAUCUGUCCACCCUCUGCCAGUGCGUCUUCUCCGAGCGGCCUCCGGAGUCUUGCCCAGCAGCUCGAGAAGGACACGAAUGACUUGAGCUCCGUCCCUGUCUUCCUCUUGGCUCUCGAGGAUCUGGGAUAAGAAUGCAAGAGAGACUGCUGAGGCCACUGUUCAGGGAAAGGGGCUUCUCCCCACAUCCAGCCUGACCACCCUGAGCGCUGUGGACUGGCUGAGGAGCCCUGCACACGGCCCGAGGACCUCUCAGCGUGGCCUGCCUGGUCCCUGAACCUCUGGCCAGCUCUCAGGGAGACAUACCCAGGCAGACUGGAGUACUUCCUGUGGCUUAGGCCAUGUGGGGGAGCACAGACUGGAGAAAACCCCUUCCGCGAUGUCCAUGCCCAGCCACCCCCUCUCCCUGGUUACUCCACUCGCAAUGGCUUCUUUUCAUUUUCAACGUAUGAAAUCUUUGAAGACGUGGACUCCUCAAGGCGGGUGAGGCCGGAGCAGCAGGCAGCCGAGUGCCCUCACGGGCGGGUUAGAGAUGAAGCUCUCACUCUCAGGGUGGAUGUAGAUGGUGACCUGGGCACCCCCUGUCUCCUCUUGGCCUCUCUUCCUUCACUUCUUCCUGUGUCAUCUCUCUACCUCCACCCAGUACCUUCCUCUAGUUCUGGCCAUUCAGUUCACUCCACCAAGGCACUUUUGGACCCCUUAUGCAGCCCCAGAAGACCCCAGUCACUGCUCUGUAGGGCAGAAGACCAGGGGCCAGGACAGCCACCCAUCAUAUUCCAGCCCAGCCAAGACUUCCAUGGAUGGUUGUGCAGGGUGUGCACUGCACAAGGGCUCCACAUGCAGGGGACCCUGUUCACAACAGAGACACGGUGAUUCGUCUAUUUAUUAUGAUGGCUUUCUGGCAGAUGGAAGUAAGGUGUCUUGAGGAAGGGGACCCUUUUUUUUAACUCUCAUAAAGACUCCCUGUGGAAUGGUUGGGUCCCUGCCCCAGCUGUGGCUUGGAGUGGUCCCACAGGAGUGAGCCCGUGGUGGGGGGUGGGGGAGGCAGUACUGUUGUCUGUCUGCCCUCCAUUUCCCAGAGUCCUCAGCUCCAGCAGCCCACCUUCCAGGCAGGGGUGAGAAACCCAAGAGAAGACCCCCAAGGGAGGGGGCAGGCCCUUGCCCCACAGCCUGCACACCUCCUAUCUUAGACACUUUCCAGGCUCACCUCUGGUGGCUUCUCCCAGAGCACCAGCUCAUGGGCUGGGAGGGGGAGGAAAGGGAAAGGGUCCCUGGGGCUCUCUGUCGGGGGGGGGGGGUCUGAGCUCCUGCCUCCUUUCGCACCUUCCGCUGCACUUUCUCCCUUCCCCCUCUCCAAAAUCUGCUUCCAUCAGUUUGUAAAGUCGGUGAUUAUAUUUUUGGGGGCUUUCCUUUUAUUUUUUAAAUGUAAAAUUUAUUUAUAUUCCGUAUUUAAAGUUGUAAAAAAAAGAUAACCACAAAACAAAACCAAACGAAUCCGCCGGAGGUCUGUCUGUUGGCAUCGCGCAUGGCAAUUAACCUUUCCACAUUGGCAGGAUUUGCCAACAGCUUGCUACGUGUUCCUCGCGCUCCGGGAGGCUCCGGCGGCGCGAUCACACACACCCCUGCACCCACACUCUCACACAUAUACGUGUGCACACAUGCACACAGACCCGCAGCUCUGGCUGCUCUGAGGGGGGAAGAGCCAUACGGCAGCUCCUAAGGCACAGACCCUGUGUCCGAGCCCUGUGUCCAUCCCUGGAGGUGACAAGAGGUAGAGUUCUCCAGCCUGAGGGUCUCCAUAGGGAAGUGGACCUCCAGCAUUGUGGGGUGGGACAGGCUGGGGGAGAGGCACGGAGUAUGGGGAAGGUGGGAUGAGGUCCCAGAGGGGCUGUGGGCUUUAGAAGGAAGCACAGCAGGAAGUUGGAGUGCCAGGUCUGGUCUUGGCACAGCCCAUAGCCAGCUGUGUGACUUUGAGCAAGUAACCUCCCCUCUCUUCUAGAAACUCCUCCAAAACAUGAUAGGAUGCCCAGGAGGCUUCUGGACUCCAAGGUUCAGCCCUGGGGAUUUGUGCUCUCCCUCACUCAUGAAGACUUGGGGACCAUUCCAUAGAAAAGAUGUUAAAUGUGCCUGGGUCCCACCUGCAGAUGGACUGGGACCGAUGGUGGAAGCCCAGGAGGUGGAGGACCUGAUUUAUCCCAAGGAUGAUGUUCUAAAACAAACCAUUUUGCCACUGGAGGUAGCGACCUCCCUGUCACUGGAAGUGUGUAAGGGGAGGCUGGGUGAAAACUUGACUGAAGUUAGGCUAAAUGACAUUUGGGUUACCCACUGAUUGAUAUUGAUUCAGUCAUUCAAUUACUCACCUUCUUGGGCCCCUGAUAAGGGUGUGGGGGAAACUGUUAUCAUCAAGUCAAUUCUGACUCAUAGUGACCCUAGAGGAGAGAGUAGAACUGCCCCGUAGGGAUUCCAAGGCUGCAGUCUUUAUGGAAGCAGACUGCCACAUCUUUCUCCCAUGGAGUGCUGGUGGGUUUGAACCACCGACCUUUCAGUUAGCAGCCAAGUGCUUAACCACUGCAACACCAGGGCUCUUUUCUCGCGUCCCUACCAUGUGUCUUUCCCUGCCGGCAUAUUUCACAAGAAUUCGAUUUAAAUUCAUUCUGAAAUUUCUAGCCCUACACUGGAGGAAGCAGAGUUCACCCAUGGUGGUGGUGGUAAGGGAGUGCAGAUCAAAAGAACUUACUGGAAAUUCCUGUCCCUGCCUGCCUGCCUAACUGUUUGGCAAGACCCUCCCCUUUUCCCCGAAUGCCUAGUGCCCAGUUCCCACGGUGCCAGGGAAGACUGGCUGGGAGCAGCAGGGGGACAUCUCCACUAGGAGAUGAAAACUAGAGGGUGGCCGAGGGCCCAGUAUAUGCAGCAACUCUGCAGCUACCAAUAGCUGGGCUGAUUCACAGACGGCUGCACAGACUUCCCAGGGGAAACAGAGGCAAAGCUGCCAACAUUCCCCCCUUCCCUGGGUACCAUCCUAGGCAGCCACAGUAUUGAGUCUGUUGGCCUUCCAGGGAUCUGAUAGACCCUCUCUGGGUCUUAGAAUCACCAGGCCAAAAUGGCAUUCUCCAAGAAACUCCUCUUCUGAGGAGAAGGCACCCCCCUUCUUUAUCCCUUUCUCCACUGUGUAAUAGAGAAAUGAUGUCUGGCACUCAGGCAGCUAUUGUGAACCAAGAAGUGAAAGCCAAAUACUGAGGUCAAUGGAGCAAAAUGUCCCGGACGGUGUGGAGCUGCUAUACCAGCCCUGGACUCCCUAGCUCAGGAAUUUUUUUUUUUAAAGUAAUUUAUUUAUUUUUGUUGGGGGUAUAUACAGCAAGAAAUAUACCGAUUCAAGUUUCUACAUGUACAAUCAGUGACAUUGUUUACAUUCUUGAAGUUGUGCAACCAUUCUCACCCUCCUUUUCUGAGUUGUUCCUCCCCCAUUAACAUAAACUCACUGUCCUCUAAGGUUCCUAUCUAUCCUUUCGAGUUGCUGUUGUCAAUGUGAUCCCGUGUAGAUAGACCUGAAAAGGGCAUAAUGCUCAAGGCAGACAUUCUUUAUUACUUAAGCUAUUGUUUUGUUUUAGGAAGACAUCAGGGGACGUUUUUGGUUCAAGGUUGAAAGAUUAUCUUAGGGCAAAGAGUUUCAGGGGUUCAUCCAGUCUCCAUGGCUCCAGAAAAUCUGAAUUCCAGGAGAAUUUGAAAUUCUGUUCUACAUUUUUUGGUUUUUGCUCAGAAUUCUUCUAUAGAAUCUUUGAUCAAAAUUUUGGUAAUAGUAGCUGGGCACCAUCCAGUUCUUCUGGUCUCAUGGCAAAGGAGACAGUUGUUCAUGGAGGCAAUUAGCCACACAUUCCAUUUCCUCCUUCUCUUCCUGACUUUCUUCUUCCUCUGUUGCUCCAGGCAAAUAGAGACCAAUUGCUGUGUCUCGGAUGUCCUCUUGCAGUAAGUAGCUCAGAAUUUUUUUUGUGUAAGAAAGAAAGAAAUUUCUUUCGUUCGAGUUACUCUUGUUUUGCAUUUUUGAUCACGGGCAACUGAACCAAAUCCUAAUAGACAGCCCUGGUCACUUUGGGGCCGUUUAUGCUUCCGUAACCCUUGGGUGUUCAGCCUCUCCUUAUGAACUCUUCCCUGCUGUCCAGUGUCUGGCUCACAUCUCAUCUGUCUGAGGAGGCUUCUCUGACUGUCCCCAUCCUCAGCCUUCUAGUCCUCCAACCUCCACAAGAACGCGUAACUCUCUGUAGCCCUCUUUAUAAGCUCAGCAUUUGCAGCCUCCGUAAAAUAACAAAACAAUGAAUAUUUAGAGCUUAUAAAGCAAAAUAUCCAUGGGCUGUUAAUACAAGACUGCUUUAAGGACAAGAGGAGACAAUGAACAGCAAAAAUGAUGGCAAAGGAGCUAAGUGAGGGUGAGGACCUGCCUGAGAUCUCGCAGCUGUUGUGUUCCUGGCGCCCAACUGCAUUUCUCCACUGCUGAUGCCAUGUCUGGUGCAUUUCUACUAUUUUACAGUGUCGGGUCAGGAACCUCAGAACCCCAAUGCCUUGUCUGUACAUAGACCUGGGUUAUAGUCCCAAUUUAGCAGGGAGUGACUGUGUGAUCUAGAAGUUAUUCUCCUUCCAGAUCUCUACCAGACUUGCCUCUGUGCUUUCUGUAGGCCUCCAUUCAAGUGUUGACUCACCAGCAAAUCCUGCUUGGUCCAGCCUUUCCAAAAGAGUAGACUCUUGCCCCUAAGCCCCCCCCCCCCUUUUUUUUACCUGUUCCAUUUAUCUGCAUAACACUAUUCCCAUCUGGCUCACUAAAUAUGUCUCUUGUCUUCCUCCUCCCGAUGGAAGCUCCAUGUGGAGUUGUUUCAUUCACUAUUGUCCCCAGAGCCUAGAACAAUGCCUGGU